GCACACUUUUGGGCCACCACACGUGUAGAAAAAACAUAUUAUUGAUAAAGUGCUAAUUUGUGCAAGAAUGAAAACACCAAAAGCGAAAGAAUCAGAAAAGGCUGAAUUAAAGCCGAUUAAAAAAGAGCCAGGCGUCGUGGAGGAUGGUAAAGUGACAAAGAAAUCAAAGACGAAGCCCAAAAAGAAGACGGUUAAAGUGCCAAAAGAUGAAGUAAAGGCCGCUGUCCAGGAAAGUCCCAAAAAAUUGUCCGCCAAAGACCUGGCCAAGAUCGAAAAAAAGAAGGCCAAGAAGCAGGCACAGAAGCUGAAGAAGCAGCAAAACAAACUGGCGCCCAAGGAGAUCAAAACGGAACCAGAAGCGCAGGUUAAAGUCGAAAGUAAGGCCACCAAAAAGGAAAAAGUGGAGAAGGAACCAACGACUGCUCCAAAUGAAAAACCAAAAGGAAAAGUGUCUAAAAAAGCCAAAGCCAAUGCCAAUAACAAGGACGAAGAAGGAGUUAAGCGGAUCCGCAAUCCUGCAGAAGAGGCGUCCACCGUUUUCGUGGGGAAUUUGCCAAUCAACACCAAACGUGUACAGCUGGUGAAAUUGUUCCAGCCAUAUGGGUUGGUUCAAUCCAUCCGGCUGCGCACCGCCGGUGGUAAGCAGCUUUUCAAGCACAAACAGCGCAAGGUAGCCGGCUCCCUGAACGCCUACGUGGUGCUCGAGAAACCCGAGAUUGCCCAGCAAGCGCUGGCUCUUAAUGGCUCCGAGUUCAAGGAAAAUCACCUGCGGGUGACUCCCGCGUCUAUGGCGGAGAAAUUCGGCCAGGCAAAGGAUAAGCAGCCCAGUGACAAGGAUGCCAAGCGAACCAUUUUCGUUGGCAGCCUAAAGUACUCGGCCACCGAGGAGCAGCUGCGAGAGAUCUUCUCCAGUUGCGGCGAAAUAGACUACAUUCGCUGCCUGCAGGAUGGCGACAAGGGCUGCAAAGGAGUAGCAUACGUCUGUUUCCAAAAGCCCGAUGCUGUGGGACUAGCUCUUGAACUUAAUCAGACGCUUCUAGAUGAUAGGCCUAUCAACGUGGAGCGCUAUCAAGUCAAAAAACUGGGUGCCAAGCAAGUGCGCGAUGCUGCCGCCGCCUCAGCUGCUUCGAAAACGUCCUCAAAGACCAAAGCUAAGAACCAGAAUUCUGCGGGCGCAAAAAAAAGGCUAGACAAGAAGAAGGGCAAGGAGAACGGUAGUUUGAAAAAAGAAGGAGCACCUACUGGUCAAAAGAAGAAGUCAGAGUACCGGGGCGUCAAAGUCGACGGCAUCAAGAAGGCUAAGAAGCCUAAAAAGAAAAGCAAUGACCAACAAACGGCUCUUGCCAAAAAAAUAGCACCCAAGCAAAAGAGUUAAUAUACAUUUAGACUAGGCAUAAGGUUUGAAAUAAGUUGAAACUCAAUUCAAUGAGAUUCGUUUGACUUUCUGUUACGAAGUUAACCACCGGAUCAGUUUCCGUAGCGGACACUAGAUUGAUUAUGUUGACCAAGUAAUCGUUGAAAGAUUACUCAGAGAACAACUUAAAAAUAAAAUGCAAAAUUUU